UUUCUGAAACGGAAAACCCAGAGUUUCCCUCAUUUCAGGGUUAACAUACUCAGAGUUUUCACUUAACCUCCUUUCUUAAACAGGCCCCUGAUGCGCUUCAGGAAAGAGUGUGUAGCAGUGAUGGCAGACAUCCAACAUAUGUUUCACUGUUUUGUUGUGAGAGAAGAUCAUAGAGACUACCUACGCUUCCUGUGGUACCGUGAUAAUGACCUUAACAAGGACAUUGUUGAAUACAAGAUGAAAGUCCACGUGUUUGGCAACAGCCCAUCCCCGGCUGUUGCAAUCUACUGCCUAAGACGAGCCGCAGAGAAGGGUGUGCCGCAACAUGGUCAAGACACCAGGCACUUUGUGGAACAUGGAUUCUAUGUGGAUGAUGCACUAAUUUCCUUGCCAACUGAAGAGGAAGCAAUAGACCUACUAAAGAGAACACAAGCAUCCCUCUCGGAAUCAAACCUGCGACUGCACAAGUUUGUAUCCAACAGUCUACAAGUACUCAAAGCAUUCCCUACGGAAGAUCACGCAAAGGACAUCAAAGAUCUCGAUCUCAAUGGUACAACUAUGCCUACACAACGCAGCCUUGGUCUUAAUUGGGAAACUGCGACUGACACAUUUACAUUCAAAGUAUCAGUCAACGACAAACCAUUCACAGGCCGUGGUGUCCUAUCGGUAAUCAAUAGCCUCUUUGAUCCUCUCGGUCUUGUGGCUCCUGUCACUAUUCAGGGGAGGUUUUUACUCAGAAAGCUAUCUAUUGAAGGAACAGACUGGGAUGAACUACUGCCACAUGAGAAACUCGGUGAGUGGGAAUCAUGGACACAUUCAUUGAAAGACUUGCAACACCUUCACAUUCCUCGUCCUUACACACCCAACUCUCAUUCCAAGGCAAAUCACAAAGAAAUCUGUGUUUUCUCUGAUGCGUCGACAAAAGCCAUAGGAGCUGUAGCAUAUCUCAGGACAGUAGAUGAAGAUGGACAGAUCAGCACUGGCUUCAUCUUAGGAAAAGCAAAACUGACGCCAAAAAAACAGCCUACCAUACCCCGAUUAGAGCUUUGUGCAGCAGUCUUAGCAGUGGAGGUGGCAGAACUCAUUGUUCAAGAGAUUGACAUCAAACCGGAUGCUAUUACCUUCUACUGCGACAGCAAGAUUGUACUUGGCUACAUCUAUAACGAAACUAAACGUUUCUACGUCUAUGUCCACAACAGGGUACAGAGAAUCAGACAAUUUUCAGAACCAAAGCAGUGGCGAUACAUACCCACAGAGCACAAUCCUGCUGACAUUGCUUCUAGAUCAAUCCAUGCAUCUCAGCUUGCGAAAUCUAACUGGUUUACUGGUUGAUGACUUCAUUAUGUCAGAUAACUUUGCGCUUGUGGACCCAGAUUCAGAUGCAGAAAUCAGGCCAAUGGUGACAGCUUGCAUCUCAGAAAUGAAGGAGAAACAACUCACCUCUGACAGGUUUCAGAGAUUCUCCUCUUGGAAAUCCUUACAAAGAGCCAUUGCAUCGCUCAUCCAUGUAGCUUGCUCUUCUAGAUCCACCAAUAAAUCCGAUACAUGCAGCGGUUGGCAUCUUUGUUCAAAAGCACACAAUGUAAGUGAGCUGUUAAAAGCCAAGAAUGUGAUAAUCCGCUCUGUGCAAAAGGAAUCAUUCAGUAAGGAGAUUGAAACACUCUCUAAGGGAGGAAACAUUAGCAGCAAAGUUCCACUCUCAAAACUGAAUCCUUUCCUAGGUGAGGACGGCCUACUCAGAGUCGGAGGCAGAUUAAAACUGGCAGAUUUAAGCUACCCAGAAAAAAACCCAGUCAUAUUACCUGGCAAGCAUCACGUUUCCACGUUACUCAUAAGGCACUACCAUGAACGCGUGGAACACCAAGGCCGCAUAUUCACAGAAGGGGCCGUUCAUGCUGCUGGAUUGUGGCUUGUUGGAGGCAAGAGAUGCAUAAGCAGUGUUCUCCAUGCAUGUGUAACCUGUCGUAAACUGCGUGGUAAACUAGAGAUGCAGAAAAUGUCAGACUUGCCACCAGAACGACUAAGUGUGUCACCACCGUUUACUUACACUGGCUUAGAUGUCUUUGGCCCUUGGACAGUGGUAGCUCGCCGCACAAGAGGAGGUCAAGCUCACAGUAAACGCUGGGCGGUGCUUUUCACCUGCAUGAGCACCCGUGCAGUUCACAUUGAAGUCAUUAUGUCUAUGGACUCUUCAAGUUGUAUCAAUGCCCUUCGCAGGUUUUUUGCGAUCCGUGGCCCUGCAAAACAACUACAUUCUGACUGUGGAACUAAUUUCAUUGGCGCUUGCAACGAGCUUGAAUUCCACAAAGUGAUUAAGGAAACCAAGGUGCAAAGAUGCAUCAAUGACGAAGGAUGCACAUGGGUUUUCAACCCACCACACUCCUCCCAUAUGGGAGGCGUAUGGGAGCGUAUAAUUGGUCUGGCUCGUAGAAUUCUUGACUCAAUGCUGAUGCGGGAAGGACACUCCAACCUCUCUGAUGAAGUGCUUUGUACACUUAUGGCAGAAGUGACGGCCAUUAUUAACAGUAGACCUCUAGUACCUGUUUCUAUGGACGCAGACUCACCCUUGAUACUUUCCCCUGCAAUGCUCCUAACACAAAAGGCAGGUUCUCCACCUCCAGCAGGAAACUUCUCCGAAAAGGACAUCUACAAACGCCAAUGGCGGCAAGUACAGAGCCUAGCCAACCAAUUCUGGUGUCGCUGGAAACAGGAAUAUCUGCAAACACUGCAAGUUCGUCACAAAUGGCAGGAUCCAUACCCAAACAUCCAGGAGGGCGACAUAGUACUACUUAAGGACAAUCAAGUAGCCCGAAAUGAAUGGCCUAUGGCACUCGUCACAAGUGUUUUCCCUGGUCAAGAUGGCAAGGUUCGAAAAGUUGAACUUAAAGUAACUAAAGGAGGGUCCAGCAAAACUUUCUUGAGGCCUAUAUCUGAAAUCAUUCUCCUGCUUAGAAAAUAAGAAAAACACCUUUAAACAGAUAAUUAUAAAUGACAUCUUUAUAGAUGUCAUGCGGGGAGUGUUAUGUUAAUUGGACUAAGCAUUUUAGGUUUUUUAUUUGGGACUCUAAUUUUGAAAAAUUACCUGACUGAGCAGGGAGCAGCCAUUUUAGUUUCAGUUUCGCUCAACUCUCUCAAGCAUUAAGCUCCAUGUGACUGCUGCUCCAGUUUUCUUUAAUGUUUAUGCCUUCGAAAGCAUUGUCAGUAAGUAAUCAUUGUUAAAUGUGUAAAUUGAGAAUAUUUUAUACAUCUUCUAUGCUAUAUUGAUAAUAAUUAAGUGUUGUUUUAUACACUAAUUGCUCAACCGGUAACUCUGCUCUGUUAACCUUAAUUAGGGCCUG